UCUCCCUCUCCCCCUCCUCUCUAAACCCGCACCCCACCUCGCCCUAGCUAGGGUUUGCUCCACCUCCACCUCUCCCCCCUCCCCCCCAGCCCCCUCCACCCUCCGAUCGAUCCGGCUCCGAGGCGGCGGCGGCGGCUACGAGAGGGUGCGGCAUGGCGGGGUACCCGGAGGAGAACCAGCACGGGAUGAACGGGUACGACGAGGAGGAGGAGGUCGAAGAGGUCGAGGAGGUCGAGGAGUUCGAGGAGGAGGAGGGCCGACCCGGGAGGCGCGGCGGCGGCGGCCGGGAUGGGGGCGAUGGCGCCGGGUACGGCGGGGACGACGGGCGGGCGCCCGGUGGAGACUCGUCGGGGAAGAUUUUCGUCGGAGGUGUUGCUUGGGAGACUACUGAAGAAUCAUUCUCCAAGCAUUUUGAGAAGUAUGGGGCUAUAACUGAUUCUGUAAUUAUGAAGGACAAGCAUACUAAGAUGCCUCGUGGAUUUGGAUUUGUUACAUUUUCCGAUCCAUCUGUUAUAGACAAGGUUUUGGAGGAUGAACACGUUAUAGAUGGAAGAACGGUUGAAGUUAAAAGGACAGUCCCAAGGGAGGAAAUGUCAUCAAAAGACGGCCCGAAGACAAGAAAGAUCUUUGUUGGUGGAUUACCAUCAUCACUAACUGAAGAUGAGUUGAGGGAGCACUUCUCCCCAUAUGGUAAGAUUGUUGAACAUCAAAUAAUGCUUGACCAUAGCACUGGGCGUUCUAGAGGAUUUGGUUUUGUCACUUUUGAAAGUGAGGAUUCCGUGGAAAGGGUUAUAUCAGAGGGAAGAAUGCGUGACCUUGGUGGAAAGCAGGUUGAAAUAAAGAAGGCCGAGCCAAAGAAACAUGGGGGUGAUCACAGCAGUAAUGGGAGAUCUAGUCAUGGAGGUGGGGGUGGUUACCGCAGUUCAUACCGCAGUGGUGGAUCUGCUGCAUCUGGUGGCGGUGGCGGUGGUGGCGGCGGCAGUGGGAGCAGCGGUGGCUAUGGGUAUGGUGGUGGUUAUCGAUCAGCUGGAGGAGGUUAUUAUGAUAGCACUGCAUAUGGUUAUGGCAGAGGAGGGUAUGGCUAUGGAGGUAAUGCUGGAUUUGGGUCAGGCUAUGGUGGUGGCUAUGGUGGUUCCUUGUACGGAGGUGCCUAUGGUGCUUAUGGGGCAUAUGGUGGUGGUGCGUACGGAGGGGGUGCAUAUGGAGGAGGUGCUUAUGGCGGUGGUGCCUAUGGUGGUGCUCCAGGUGCCUAUGGUGGUGCCGGAGGAUAUGGCAGUUAUGGGGGAGGAGCAGCAGGAGGUGCUGGUGGCCGGGGUUCCAGCAGGUACCAUCCAUAUGGGAAGUGAGUCACAGCUCAUGAGAGUUUUUCCUAGGAUACAAUAAUUGCAAUAUCUCCUGGAAAAUCAGCAGUUUAUCUUAUCCUGGGUUACAUAAUCAGCAGCACCAGAACAUUUUUUUAGUUUGGUCGAAUUAUCUCGUAACUGGAACAACUGUGUACUUUUAGUUGCUGAACCCAUCUGUAGUUUGCUGUAGAAGCUACACAUGAAAGCUAUGUUGUAUUCCUUAGUUUUCAUAUGCAGAGAGAAUUAGAACCCACCCUUGAAACAA